AUGGAAUCAUUACCGACAGAAACUGUACCAGAAGCUUCACCGUUGACGGACGCGGAAAAGAUCCGAUUAAAACGUUUAGCAAAGUUACAGCAAAAUGUGGGUAGUAACCCGGCCGGAACUCAAUCAGCUGUGGUGCAAGAAAGUUCUACGACUAAAGUUUUACCGAAAAAAAAACCGCAACCCGAAAUUCGAGAGCCAGCUGAGAAGAAACCCGUAACGACUCCCCCAAAACCUCAGCCAUCUGUUAAAUCCUUUGAAGAUUGGCAAAAUGAAGUUAUAUCCAAGGUUCUCCAAAUUACCCUUGAUAAAUCAUUGGCUCAGAAAAGCCCUCAUCAAUUGAUCUACCUCGAUUCCGUUGUUCAAGAGUUGAUCAAUGAGAAUCCAGGAACAUCAUCAUUUAAGUUGACAAAAUCGAUUCUUGACAAUGCCAUUGUCGCUCGGCUAUCGAUGAAUCCUGAUCAAAUGAGUGACGAUGUAUUACUACCUCAAAUACCAUUAUUUGAUUAUUUAUUAGACUGUUGGAAGAGGGCUGCAGAAAUUAAAAGAAAUUUGGUUGCGCGAAGUUCGAAGACUCUUGAGCAAUCAGUCUUCAACGAACGAAUCCAUGUUUUAGACAAUCUCAAAAGUCUUAUCAUUAACUACGCGGAAUUGAUCAUUCAAUAUCCCGAAAUGUUUCCACAAUCCAGAAGUUUUAUUAACCUUGGUCCAAAUCAGCUUGUUCCAAAGCUGACAGCUGAUGUCGACGCGCCCGAAAGAUUACCUUGGGAUUUUAUUCAGGAAUUUGUUGGAAGGGUCGAUGAGGAAGGAUUUGAGGAGGUAUUUGGGCCUUCCUUGACCGGAAUUUUGGCUCAAAUGCGAGAAAAGAAAAUAUCGAACGGGGAUUAUCUACGUCCAUUGAACACAUUUCUAACAUUGACAGAAAUUAAGUUGUUUUCAUCAAUGUUACCCAAAUUACGAUAUUGGAAUCCUACUGGUAUAGCACCUCGAGCCUUUGAACUUAUGUCUCUCUUGGGUCCAUUCUGUCGAAUUUCUGCCUUUCCCAUGGAUGAGCCAACCAUUGUUGAAAAUUAUUUUGGCAACGUUCAACAAUUGCGUCAAGUUGACGUAGACUCCGCAAUGCUAAGUCUAAGAAUAGCCGUGCAGGGUAUUCAA